AUCCAAACCAGUCCGGCAUGUCACAGUAUCAAAUAUGCAAACAGGUCAUGACUAUCCCAGCUACAGUUCUUUAAUCCAGGAGAAGUGUUUUCUCCGACAGCAGAGCUUCUUGUCCCUGCACUUCUAUCACUGACCUUCCUUUCCAACCUGUCUCGUCACCAACCUCACAAGAUCCCAACCCCCAGAGCAGGGAUACGCUGCUUCCAAGCAACUACACAAUCCUCUUCGCUGCAAGAAUCUAGCACUUUGUCCAGUCGCUUUGUUCAAAAUGUUGGAAGUGCGCCAAACCAUAGAAGAUGUGACUGCAGUUGCUCGAGGUGAGACGACUGUCGGCAGUCUCAGACUCACCGACUACCACAUGGUUUUCUCUGCCCCUGCGCGCAAAAACACCCCGACCGGAAAUGACGGAAAAGACCGCCCACGCGAGAUAUGGAUUGCUUAUCCAAUGCUAGCUGGUUGCGAGUUCAGACCGACAGCCCCUGCGACGAGGCGAGAACCCAGCAUUCGUAUUCAAGGUCGCGAUUUCUACUACAUCAACCUCCAUUUUCCAGAUAACAAGACCGCCCAAGACACAUUCAAUUUUAUCAAAGUCCGGACCUGCCGGCUUGGGAGCAUCGAGAAGCUGCAUGCCUUCACCUACAAGCCGAGCUCCAAGGAACGAGCCAUAAGGGGCUGGGAAAUAUACGAUGCGAAGGAAGAGUUCCGCCGCCAGGGCAUCUCUGAGAAGAUGCCGGACAGAGGAUGGAAAAUCACGGACGUCAACAAUAACUAUAGCUUUUCUCCGACCUACCCCUCCGUCCUCGUGGUGCCGAAUAGGAUGUCCAACACAACUCUCAAAUACGCCAGCAAUCACCGUACCCGUUGUCGCAUCCCGACUCUGACCUAUCUGCACCCCGUGAACAACUGUUCUAUUACUCGAAGCUCCCAGCCCAAAGUGGGCAUCACUGGCAACCGGAACCCUCAGGAUGAGGCCCUUGUUGCCGCAUGCUUCUCGCAACCCUACUUUCAGGAGCUCGGCCCUACCCAAGGCGCGGAGCCCGGUCCGAUGGUGAACGAGCUGACAUCCCCGGAUAAGCUCGUCGACGAGCCGCCAGUUGCGGUGGAUUCUGCCGAGCCUGAAGUUCUCACUGCUGACGAUGCGAUCUUCGACGACAGAGGCAAGCGCCUCAUCUUUGGCGCGCAACAACACAAUCUCAUUAUCGAUGCGAGGCCUGCAAUCAACUCUAUGGCAAUGCAGGUGGUGGGCAAAGGGUCCGAAGAUAUGGCACACUAUAAAUACGCAAGCAAGGCCUUCCUCAACAUUCAAAACAUUCACGUCAUGCGGAAGAGUCUCAACAGAGUCAUCAGUGCGCUGAAGGACGGCGAUAUCUCUGCGGCACCACCAAGCCAAGAACUCCUCGCUAAGAGUGAAUGGCUGUCGCACAUCAAAUGUGUUCUGGACGGAUCCGCGAUGAUAGCACGUCAAGUAGGCAUUCAGCACUCGCACGUGCUCAUCCACUGCUCGGAUGGCUGGGACCGGACCAGCCAGCUGAGCGCCCUGUCCCAGCUUAUGCUUGAUCCAUAUUAUCGUACGCUGAAGGGGUUCAUUGUCUUGGUAGAGAAGGACUGGCUGUCUUUUGGACACAUGUUUCACCAGCGCUCAGGCUUCUUGAACAGCGAGCAGUGGUUCGUCGUGCAGAAUGACGCCAUGGCCGGGACGAAGAUAGAGCCCGGAGAGGGUGAACGCCCUAGCGAGGUGAUCGAAAAUGCGAUGGAGAACGCCAAGCGCUUCUUCAGGCAAGCCUUGAGCUCGGAGAAGGACAGGGAGGACUCAGACCCUGACAACCUCACAAACGCUGCGACGGCUAUGGAACAAGAGUCGUCACCCGUCAUUGAAGACCAGGCAACUCGAACUAAGGAAAUCAGCCCUGUCUUCCACCAAUUUCUUGACUCUGUCUUUCAGCUUCUCCGCCAACACCCAACGCGAUUCGAAUUUAACGAACGCUUCCUGCGCCGCCUCCUAUACCAUUUGUAUUCCUGCCAGUAUGGUACUUUCUUGCUGAAUAACGAGAAACAGAGGAAAGAAGCUAAGCUGCAUGAGAGAACGGUUUCUGUUUGGGACCAUUUCCUGGCUCGCCGCGAGGCAUUUGUCAAUCCCGACUACGAUCCAGAGGUGAACGACCACAUCCGGGGCAAGGAGCGUCUCAUUUUCCCUUGUCUCGAUGAUAUACGCUGGUGGCACCAGCUAUUCGGCAGGACGUAUAAGGAAAUGAACGGUUCUCUAGACGCCGCGGCGGCGGCCAAG